GUGGAAGGCGUUGCGACGGAAACGAUUUUCUCAGUCGCACGAGGUGGCCAGUAAGUUGGCCUCGAGUUCGCUUUGUUCAAACUGCCCCUCGUGAGGCACACAUAGGUAUCCUGCAUUACUGUAGCUUCAUUUGCACUUUGCACGUCCACAGAACGUAUGAGAUCAAGACUGCUAGCUUGGUUGUUCGUCACUGCCUAUUCGUUGCUUCCGCAUGGACUGGCGGCAACGAAUACAACAACUGUGCCUUCAACAUCUUCCAACGGAUCAGCGUGUGCUGACCCACUCUUUCCUCUGCAGUCGACGGUGGCUGUCGGACCCAUGACCAUGCGAAGCCUCGUGAAAGGUGCCAACGUGUGCAUUCAAGUGUAUUUUCAACGGGCCACGGCCAAGUGGGUGUCUGUCGCGAUCACGAAAUCCACCAAGAUGGUCACCAGCCCUGCCAACAACGCAGUGGUAUUUGAGACGGCGGGUGCCACGACCAAGCUGUACGUGAUGAAGGGGUACACGUCGAAUACGGUGCCUCUGCAGUCGAGUCAGGCCAGCAUGAACGUGUCGCAAAGCAGCAUGGUCAACGGGCUCAUCUCGUUCACGUUUGAGCGCACGUUGGCGUCUGGAUCCGUCUACGACGUUGCUAUCAACCCGACCGUGGCGUCUACGGUGCAGUGGGCGUACGCAGACAGAGCGUGGCCGGCGGUGCACACCAAGGACGGGUCGGUCAAAGUUCUCUUUGCAUCCACCACGGGCCAAGAUACUAAGGGCACGACUGCCUUGUCCUUGUCCGAUCCGUCAUCUAGUAUGAAGUACUCCACAGCGCUCAUCAGUGCAAUCAUAUUGACCACAAUGAUACUCCUCGGCCUCGUUGUCACGAACUCAUCGGGCAAGUGGACGACGGUCGUGACCCUUCGCGCCAUAUGCGCCCCCGCCAAGCAGCACCCGACGUUCUUUUUGUCGUGGAUGCAGGAUAUCAAACUCGGAGAAGCCGUCGUGGUGGGGGUGUACGUUGGAGGGUUGGUCGCCGUCGGCGCCACGGUGACCUCCGCGUUCCCGUCCGCGCCCCUCGCCCGCCUGGCGUCGCUUGUUGCAGGACAUGUGGCUUUGGUGAGUUUGAUGUUUCUCAUGCUACCCGUGGCCCGCGGCCAGCACUGGGAGCGCAUCUUUGGCACGUCUCACGAACGCAUCGUCAAGUUUCACCGGUGGCUCGGCCGGUUGUGUGUGGUCGCGUCGACUGUCCACUUUCUCGUGCUGUGGCUCGUGCAAGAGGUCGACGUGCUGGUGACGGACGAGUACGGCAGCCAAGACGCGGUGCCGCUGUUUGGUUUCGUCGCGUUCGUCGCGUUUGCCAGCCUGUCGCUCUUGGCCCAUAGUUUCGUGCGGCGGGCAUGCUACGAACUGUUUUACUACUACCACCGCGUCGCGGCCGUCGUCGGGCUGGUGUUUGUGAUGCUGCACAGUCCCUCGUGCCUCUACGCCAUGAUCUUCCCCGCGACCGUGUACGCCGUAACCGCUCUUUUCCGUCUCGGGGCUUACUGGAACAAGAUCACUGCCAUCGCCACGACUCACGGCGCCAACUCGGCCCUUGUAAUCCUACCGCGAACGUGUGAGACGGCCAAGUGGGUGAUGGAAGCGAACCCGUGCGCGUUCUUUUGGGUCAACGUCCCGUCCGUGUCGACAUUGGAAUGGCAUCCGUACUCUGCCAUUGUCACGCCCGAUGGCGAGUCCAUGGCGUUCUGCAUCAAGGCAUCGUCUGGUGCAAAGUCGACAAGCGACAGUCCCAGCAGGUCCUUUGGUGACAAGUUGGUGCAACUUGUGGCCGAAAGUCGGGCGGGCACCGUAGAUGUCGUGCUGGACGGACCGUAUGGCCACCCCGUAAUCAACUUUGACAAGCAAACGUACGACUCUGUGGUGCUGAUUGCCGGCGGCGUCGGCAUCACGCCCCUGCUCAGCUUUGUGAAUCGAUGCCACGUUCACAAACAUGAUUCAAACAGAGGACUCGCAUUGCACUUACAUUGGACGGUUCGAACCCCCGACGACCUGCUCGUGGCGAGCGAAGUCAUGUUUCCGCUACCCCCAAAUGUCAAAGCCACGUUUUAUGUGACUACGGCGGAGACGAACGGCGCGGUACAGUGCCACACGGGCGACUACGUUGCCUACCACGGUGGGAAGCUCGUGUUGGACGAAGUUCUGAAUGUGGAGCGAUAUGCCCUGCACGACAAAGUUGCUGUCAUGGCGUGUGGACCGCCGGGGUUAGUGCAAGAAGCCCAAUGGUAUAGUCACAAGUGCCGGUUCGACUUUCACAAGGAAGUGUUUCUAUUUUGAGUCGAAUUCACAGUGACAUUAUAAACACGCCGCUGCGCUAGUGUGCUGGCAGGAAUUAGGAUUGGCGCUUUGCGCAUGAAAUAUCACUUACUUACCUUGAAACAAAUGCAAUGUAUACACAACGACGUGCCCCACGAAGAGCCUGACACCUCGGAACCCCGGCGCUCA